AAUAAUUAAAAUAAUGAGAAUAAUACAGUCACGAGACACUACAAAACAAACCACCUACCCUCCACUCUUUCUCUCUGAGCUGUGCCUGCCAUGUGUUGAAACUUUCUUCUGAAACUCAACACUGGUGUCUGUAUUUUCAUCCUAUAAAUCAGAGCCUUUAAGCAAAACCAAGUUUCACAAACUUCAAUUUAGUCUCACUAUUCUACAAAACAUGGUUCCAACCCAGUAUGUUCCUCUCAUCUUUUGUUGUACUUUUGCCUUCAUCUUGUUAACCACUCCUGUAUGUGCCCUCAACAUAGGAGCUGAAACCACUGGAGUAGCUGUCUCUGUGAGCAAAGAGUGCAGCAGACAAUGUGAGUCAAGUUUCUGCUCAGUGCCUCCAUUAUUGAGAUAUGGAAAGUACUGUGGACUUUUGUAUAGUGGAUGUCCUGGUGAAAGACCUUGUGAUGGCCUUGAUGCUUGUUGUAUGAAGCAUGAUCAAUGUGUGCAAUCCAAAAACAAUGACUACCUGAGCCAAGAGUGCAGCCAAACAUUCAUAAACUGUAUGAAUAAGUUUAAGGACUCGAGGGCGCCAACGUUCAAAGGAAACACAUGCGAUGUGGAUGAUGUUAUUGAAGUUAUACAUGUUGUGAUGGAAGCAGCUUUACUCGCUGGAAGAGUUCUCCACAAGCCUUAGAGACCUAGUAAUGUCUGUCUUAUGUACUUACUUUCUGAUUCUUCCUAUUGUUUUUAGUAAUUCUCUUAUCAAAUUAAUCAAACUCCAAUGUUUUAUUUAUUCUCUUUUUAAGUUUUAACACACUCUUCUAAUUA